AGCAUGUGCAAGGCUCCAGCACCAGCUUCAUCUUUUAUCUCGACAGUUUGUUUGAUAUUCGAUCAAGAUCUUCUACAACAAAUUUGCAUUUAAACCUACUGCAAGAAUGGAGCAAACCACUUCUCGUCUACGCAAGACAUUUCGAUAUCCCACAGAUAACGACUCCGAUGACUCGUUACCCGAAGCUCUUGACGAAGAAGAACAAGACAACCUAAUUCAACAUCUUGCGACGCUUCAUACAAAAUACAAUACCAUCUACACGCGAUUCCUUCUCUGUCUCCCUCUGAUAAGCAUUAUCCCCUACCUCCUUACCCUCUUCACUCCAACUACCUCUCUCCUCAGCAUUCUCUCCAUCACCUCGCUCCUAUCUACCGCUUUCCUCAUUUACUCUUUGCCUCCCGAGAAAACUUCGAUUUCUUUCCUCGAUAACAUCAACCAGCGAUCUAAAGAUUCCCCUCGGUCGAAGAUAGGAGUGCUGGGAGCAAAUAGCGUCGACGAUGGACCACUCCAAACCUACCUCCCGAUCCUCAAUCUCGUCCUCAGUCUUAUACUGGGGAUUCUUGGGACAAUUAUCAAGUCUAAGCACCAACCUAAAUCCAGAAUGUCCGAAGCAGAAACCAAUGUAUGGUGGACUGGGUUCGAAUGGUUACCCCUGGGGAUUUACGCCGUGGUACUCUUAGCGAAAACCGUAAUGGGAAGCGUAAACCCUGAAGAAGAGCUGGGGAGUUUGAGAUAUGGAUACAAGGGAGCUUGAAGAGUGUUGCUAAUCUCCGACAUUGUUCUCAAUACUUAUUUUCCAUCCUUUUUCUCCCUUCAAAUUUUGAUACUGUUCUCCCCUGCAUACCUGAAUUUCGGUUGAGAUGUCAAGCUGUACAGCGACAACAAUCCCCUCAAAAGACCAAGCGAAUCCUCAAAAGAUUGUCGAUUUCAGUAUCAAGAAUUGAAUGCCUCCCAUCAUCCAUCAACUCGUUCCACCCAAUAUCUCUAACCAUCUCAUUCCUUCUACGAAAUGGCGAGCUCACGAACAUGUAAACUACAAGCUCAGGGCCCAAAAUUCAAUGGAUCAGAGAGAAGCGCAUAAUGAAGCAACAAACAUACCUACCCAUUUUUCAUGCAAUAUUGCAUAUCAGAAGAACGCUGCGGAUAAAGCGCUCUACUGCCUUUCACUUGCAGAGCUGAGCUGCUAGAGAGAAGGAAAGUAGAAGUUCGGGUGACUCCUAGUUUUUGGAAGCGAACAGCGAGUUAUUUGCUUGGUAUACGGGUUCGGGUGUCUUUCUCAAAGGAUUCUCGGCUAGAAGUGUUAUAGUGAGGGAAGUUUGGGAGGGAAGGGGGCGUGAAUGGGACAGUACAGAUUGGGUCUAGAUGAAUGGAGGGUUAACAGGGGAUAUUUAGGCGAGAUGAAAAGUCCGGAUGAGAAGAUGAAUGAGGGAAAGAUAAUAAAUACAGUU